UCUGAACAAAUAUGACCGGUAAGUCCUAAGGAAAUGGACCUACCCCUUCCUUGCAAGGAAACCUGUCAAUUGAAAGGACACCAAGGAGCUGUACGAGCUGUUAGAUUUAACCACGAUGGUAACUACUGUUUAACUUGCGGAAGCGAUAAACUGUUGAAGCUGUGGAACCCUCAUAAAGCUGUAUUGUUAAAGACGUACAGUGGACAUGGUUAUGAAGUACUUGAUGCUGUAGGAUCCAGUGAUAACAGUCGACUGGCUAGCUGUGGAGCAGACAAGACUGUAGUACAAUGGGACGUGGCUACAGGACAGAUUCUAAGACGCUUUAGAGGUCAUACUGCUGUAAGUUCUUAUGCGGUACAAGUCGUUUCACCCCCUUUCGAGUUCGCCCCGUUCGAGUUCGACCCCUAAGUUUUAUCGAGUGAUACUUAAUAUGAAAAUGCACAACUUUCUCAGCAUUCGAGUUGGAGUUCGCACGAGGUGUAAAUAGUUCCACGUACUUGGCUUAAAAGAACGAAGAAUAUUCACUCAAAAUAUUUUUCUUGUUCACGCGCAAACUAUAUCUGAAUUGAAGGAAUUUUUGCACAAUUUCACUGCUUGAGUUUGUAUCGAAACGACUUUGUAUAGAAACAACCAGUUUCGUUUCCAGGGAAUAGUAACGAUAUUUACAACAGUAUCUUUGCGAUAAAUUAACAGAAGAUCAUCGCAGUUGAAGACGUGACUUGAGCUUAGGCCAUCCCCUUUUUUUCUUUGUUUACCGUGGAAUGCGUUUCCUGAUAUUGGGCCGGUUGGCCGGAUUGAAAAAAAAAACCUCACAAGAAGUCUCGGAAUAGUAGGCCCUGGUACCCCAGGACAACGUUAAAAGUUAACAUUCACAUAUUUGGAUUAACAAAGUGUACAAUAUACUGUGAAAAAUUUUCAUGUUUUUAUUCCUGUUUUUCUCUACGCUGUUACUAUGCUCAUUUUUCAGAUUAAAAGAAUUAUUUCAAGUGAAAAAUGGUGUAACUACGUCGUUCCUUUUUUGUUUUUUUUUGAAAAUGCCAAAAAUUUGGGUCGGUCGGACGACGGUAAAUGGAGAAAAAACGAGGAUGACCUUAUGUAGUUGCUGAAAGAAAGCCUAAAAAAGAUCAGGCUCUCCUGUAUUUUAACCAUGGCCUCUGUUAUACUGGUGCAGUGCUCUAACCAACUGAGUUGGCAAGCCAGCUGGGAGCUGCGGGUAAUAAAAUUUGUUCGUUACAUGCCCAGGAAAGAUGAAGUGAUGAAUAUGUCAAUUUUAUAUAUUUGAACUGCAGAAUGAAGAAAUAAAUAAAGUGAAGAUCAUUACAGUUGAAGAUGCAAUGUAUUCAAGCAAUCAUUAUUAUUUUAAGCAUUUUUUUUUGUGAUGCUGUGUCCACUCUUAAUAAAACUUAAUAAUUUAGCGCUGUUAGAAUAAACUUGAGAGAUGCACAUCUGUUGUUAUCUUAUCAACAGUAAUUUGUUGCCUUGCAGAGAGUCAACUGUGUUAAGUUCAAUCAGCCAGAUAGCACAGUAAUUAUCUCAGGUUCAUAUGAUGCCACAAUACGCUGUUGGGAUUGUAGAUCUCGCAGUGCUGAACCUAUACAGAUUAUUGAUGAUGCCAAAGAUAGUGUUUCUUCACUGAUGGUAUCACAACAUGAAAUUUUGUCAGGGUAAGAAAGUUAGUUAACAUUAAAAAAGCUUCUUACCUGUCCUUCUUAAGUAAAAAUAAUAAUAAGUGUUACGAAAGACCUCAUUUCUGGGAAACAAUAAUGUGCAAUUAAUUACCACUAGUGUAACUAAUAUUGCAGUUAUAUGGUUCUGUCAUACAACUGUACCAGUACACUGUGUAUUUACCUGACUGGUUCAUCAUGAUGCAAUUACAUGUGUCAGAAGUAUUUCUGCUCUUCUUAUAUGUAGGUAGUGGUUUUUUAGACUAACAGCAAUAUCUGUUAGUGGUGUUAAGCUCAUUCCACUGCUAUACAUGUAAAGCAUUUUUACUCAUGUGGCCAGCAUCUAUGCAAAUUUAUUGGAACAAAAGAAAGCAUUUUCAUCAGAAAAGAGUAUAACUCCCUCAGGAUUUGUUUGGAACACCAACAUAGUCAUAGUUUCAUUGUUUUGGAACACCAAUAUGGCGGCUGUGGAAUCAUGUGAAAACACUCUUUAAAUGUAAUUUACUUUUUUAAUGAGUCAUAUGGCAGCUCUUUUAAGUGGCUGUAAGAAAUUCUUCUAAAACAGGCUAAAUUAGUGUGGUAUAAAUUUCAUAGAUAAUAUAAAUAUUACAUGUAUUUUUGUGACUUGGGAUUUGAAGAGAAUCAAAGGCCAAAUCUCUUUUGAAUUUCGUAGUUAUUUUUUUCUCAUUGUCUAUCACUGUUUUUAAUUUGGUUUUAAGAUCCAUCGAUGGUAAAGUUCGCAACUAUGAUAUCCGCAUGGGUCAGUUGCAUGUAGACUGUAUUGGCCACCCAGUAACUGGUGUGAGUUUUACCAGGGAUGUCCAGUGUGUGUUAGCAUCCACUCUUGAUGAUACCAUCCGUCUGAUGGACAAAGACACGGGAGAGUUACUAAAUGAGUAAGUAACCAAGUUUUAUGUUCACAAAAUAUACUACUGUACAUAGAUGUACAUGUACCAUUUACAUGUAGGGGCGGUUUUUCAUUCCCAUCGCAGCAAAAAGGAUGCAUUAAUUAAAUUUAAAAAAAAUAGUUUAUGGAAGGAGACAGUGGGCCCAGUGGAAGGUGCAGCAGACUGUCAUUCCACCACAGUCCUUUGUCUAAGUCCCGUGAGUUUUUUCUCAGGCAUGGUCGCCUGUGUCAUAUUAGUUAAUUCUGUCUCAAUUUUUACUAAGUGGCAUGCCUUUAAACUAGCUACUGUAGCUUUGUUCAUUGCCCUAGCCUAUGAAUAAAGUAUUUACCAUUUUACCAAAGCCCCUAGCACCUUUUUUUUGUUGCGUACAUAACUACAUAACUAUUAUAAUCUUCAUCUGUUCUCCUGCUGUUCAAUUAUGCUGUAUAUUCAAUUUCAUGUCUUCACUUUCAUAUAAAAGCCAAAAAAUAUAUAUUAGAAAAAUGAUAAUUACAUGUAAGUAAGUAAGGAUUGAUAUAAAUGUAAUAAACAAGGAAAGCUUACAGCUGCAGAGGUAGCAAAAACAACAAGAACAUCUUUUAUUUAAACACGGUGGGUUUUAAAGCUAAUAUAGCUUAUGGGGCUGUGUAAAAAAUGUUAAAAGGAUAAUGAAAAUUGAAAAUUAAAAAAUACACUAAAAACGAUAAAAAAAACACAUCAGUGUCGAUGUAUUAUUAAAAAUAUGAAUGUGGUCAGUAAAAGGCGAAGUAAUUUACGUACAAUAAAAGAUAUGAAUAGAAUCAAUAACAGACGAAAUCACUGUCUAUUUAGGGAACCCAUUUGCAGUGACUCUUCAUUCAAGUUCAAGUUUCUGAGGGCGGGAGAUUUUUUGCCCCUUUUAGCAUAAUCUCUGGCGCUGACAGCAGAUGGUUCUAAAAGAUUCCAAACAUUGGAUCCUCUGUAUGAUGUAGAGUUUUUCAUAUAAUAAGUUUCAAAACGUUGUACACUAACCGAUGUUGUUACAGGUACAGUCAUUUAACCUUUGUCAUGUAUACUUUUCAAUCAGUGCUUGUACAUUUUAGGAUAGGAGAGGUGACUUGAAUUUAUUUUGUCUCAGAUUCACAGGUCAUAAAAACAGAGACUACAAAGUGGACAGUUGUUUGAGCAGCAGUGAUGCGCAGGUGGUGAGUGGCUCUGAGGAUGGCAGGAUUUGCUUCUGGGAUCUGGUGGAGGGAAAGAUAGUGCAUACACUGGAGAAGGCACAUGAGUCUGUUGUGUACUCUAUAUCUUAUCACCCAACUGAGAUCGCUCUUUUAUCUGCAUCUUCUGAUGGCAAAGUUAAAGUCUGGCAUGACUCAAGUUGGGAGCCUGAGUGAUACAGUGUAGAAGAAAUAAUUCUGCAAUCACAGGAGAAAAUAACAGAUUCCCAUUUUUGGAUAUUUUAG